CUCUGUACAGUCUAACAUGGAGUACGAGCAAAACUCGAACGUGUGUAGCUUCAGUGAACUAAUUAUGUCGGAUACACGGCGUCGUAGAAAGUCUAAUACUUCUGGAGGAUCUGAAGAUCUUUCGGAUUCGUACGAGGAGUUACAUGUAACUAAGGAAACCCAGAGUAACGAAGUUACAGAGGGCGAGGAGCAUCGUGACUCGGAAUAUGAGACAGGCGAAAGCAGGUCUGAGGCAGACUCGCAGGAUGGCGGUUUACGGGAGAGUGGAGAUGGACAGGAGGAGGAUAAGCCGCAGCGAAAACUGGAUGACGAUGAAGACAGACGUAAUCCUCAGUAUAUCCCUAAGCGAGGUACGUUUUACGAACACGAUGACAGAACAACGGAGGAGGUAGCCGAAGAAAAAGUAGAAAAUCCCAACGAAAGAGAGGCGAAAGAAAAGAAAGUCUGGAAAGAUAAGGAGGAUCGAUGGGAUCAUGAUAGGUAUAAUGACGAUGAACAAGCACCCAAGAGCCAUGAUGAACUAGUAGCCGUCUACGGCUAUGAUAUCCGAAACGAAGAAGGCCCGCCUAGAGCUCGACGGAGGAGAAGAUAUGGUCGCGGUCCAAAUAAGUACACGCGAAACUGGGAGGAUGAAGAUGCAUAUGGUAAGCCAGGUGGUCCUCCUUCAGUUGGCCGAGGUGGUGUUAGAAAAACAAACCGAAGUGGAGAAGAGUUUCCUGCAUUAAGUGGUGGCAAUAAUAAGGACGACAGGUCAACCACACCAGAAGAACCAGUUAUAUCUUCGGCGUGGUAUAGCAACAAAAACAAAUCUCAACCCAAAGCAGGAAACUUCCCACCUCUCCAAGCACAGCAUGAGUCUCUAAACUCGAAGACUAGUCCUACAAAUCAUUCUGGGAUAAACGAAAUGCGAACCCUUAAUGAGCCAACAAAUCCAGCUUGGAAGAAGGAAGUGAAACAGAAUUCGCAUAGUCAAAGUUCUAAUGGAAGCGGUGGUGGUGGUGAUGCAGACAAAUUAAUGAAUCACAAAUCCUCGCCUCGUGAUUCGAACAAAAGGCAGGUCCAGGAGAGUGUGAGUUUGGCAGCCAGUAGAGCCAGAGGUCGAGGAUUCAAAGCGAGUGGUAACACUAACAAUGCAGGAUCCAACAGAUUGGAUUAUAAAGCUAAAGGUCGUGGAUCUGGCUCAGUUACACUUGAUAAUAGGCGAAAUAAUUCAGACAAUAAUCACAUCGACGAUCAUCAUAUAAUUACCGAUAUGAAACAGUUGAAUGUCAAUGACGGAGGAUCUUUUCAACAGAAUAGCAGACAGAACAAAAAUUUGUAUGUCCAAUCUCCAGGCCAAGUUCGACCUGGUACGAUUCCUCCGCGUAUGCAACAACAGCACCAGCAACCACAGCAACAGCAGCAGCCAGCACAGCAGCAAUCAGCUCGCCAACAGCAGCAUGACGCAGCUGGUAACAGACCUAAACGGUAUUCAAGCUUACGCCAGCGCCCACCAGUUCCAGAGGGUCCUGGACAGCAAGGCUACCAGCCUCAGCAUGGUCAACAUGGCUAUUACCCACAAGCUGGAAAUUCAAGAGGCGUUCUAGAUUCCCAAGGAUACCCUGCGGGUCACUUUGAUCAGGCUCCACCAGUAGCACCGCCGGCAGCUCCUCUAGCUGGACAACCGGUCCUUCCCUUGCCUCCAGGUGGUCAACCAGCAAGUUUUGCUCCACCUCCAUUUUUGGUACCUUCACCUCAGUUCUUACCACCUCAGGGUGCACCGCCAAGCAUGAUUAAUUACGUACAGGGACCGAACGGGCCUGCCUUUCAACCUAACUUCCAGGGUUAUCAAGGCUUCAGUCCGCCUGUUCAGCCACAAGGGCCGCCGCCGCCCCAAGAACUGUUUCAGCCACAGGGUUGUACCUAUUACAGUCCGGCUCAGCAACAACAGCAUGCAGUUCCUAUGAGACGACCAAAGGCUGCAAUUCCUAUUCUUCCGCCACCUGACAAUCAGCAACAUAUGACUAGUCGAGGUAGAGGUAGAACAAUACAACAACAAAUCAUUUCCGUUCCAGUUGGCGGCGUGCAAAGAACAAAUACGGAAAGUAAGAAUAACAUGGUGGAAGGCGAUGGGAAAUUCGUACAGGCACAAUUUGCUGGAGUUCAGAUAGAAAAGCAGGUACCAACCGAUCAGUUUGCGGUUAAUGAGACCACUGAAGUAAGAGAAAAUUCCGUCGACAAUGAAGACAAGGAUGUCAUAUCCAAUUCUGAAAUCACCAAUAUCUCGGAAACUUCAAAAGAGUUGAAGGUCAGCUUAGAUGUGGUCGUAAUGACAGAGCAACGGCAAGACAAUGAACAAGAGAAGGAGCAGCUACAACAACAAGAGCAACAUGUUUUGGAAAGUGAUGAUGUCAUAACUACCAAAACCGCUGAACAAGUGAUAAUUAAUACUACAGAGCCUGAAUUGCCGAAAAUAGAAAAUAAGGUAAUGGAAAGUCCCGCGGUUGAGGAAGCUGCUGCCUAGUUAUUUACACUUAGCUUUUUUUAAUCACUUAUCAUAUUCAAUUGACCAUAACAGUGAGUUAAUAUGAUGUGAAUACGUUAAUGAAACUGUCAUCAUCAUUGAAUGUCACGUAAAUAUAACUAACGAGUGAUGAUCAUCAGAAAAAGUGAAAAUAUCUUGGAGAAUUUCAAAAUUGCGAUAUAGCGAAUAAUGUCGCGGCAAUCGCUAAUUUAUCGUGCAUCAGCCAUCGACUACUGUACAUGUUAUGUUAUGUUUAUUACUAACUUGGGGUGGUAUCCGUAUUUCACCAGUUUAGUUCGUCGCUUGCAAAAUAAAAGGAUAAUUUCGUAUUAUCUGCAUUUUGACUAAUUAUCUGGCGUUAUUAUCUGCCAGUUUCAAUUUGAAUUUUAUAUUCACAUUGUGCAUAAUUAAUUGCACUGUAAAAGUCUCAUGGGAUGAAAUUCUUUUUCGACAAAGUUAUAACUUUAACUUUAUCUCUCUGGCCGGGCCAGUGUUACAUCAGCACGUUUUUAUUUUGUUAGCGACUCUCUCCUUUGUUUUGGCACAAGAUUUUUGUAGGUCUUUCACCUGCUUCAGAUCGAUUUUCCCAUUUCCUCAAUUCAGUCAAAUAAAAACAUAUUUAAGAUUGAUUUUUAUUCAUAUGCAAAUGUUUAAAGUUUAUAAAAUCAACAAUAUAAGAUAUACUAACUUCUUGAAUUUUCUUGAAUUCAUAAGCUGAUAUAUCUUUUUUUAAAAGUCAAAGAUAUCAUUUAAAACGAACAGGCUUGUUUGAUAUAAACUUUGAUUGUGACUCGUUCUAGCCAUUUGCCGUGCUUAUCUAACCGUUGAGUAGCCAUUGAUAUAACAUACGAUUAUUAAUUAAACAGAAAAGGUAAAAUCAGAAAAAAGGAGAUAGAUAAAUUAUGAUAAAUAGAAUCAUAAAUUAAUAGAUAUCACAUACAAAUGUAACAUUUGUAUUGUAAUUAUUCAGUCUGUAUAAGCAGUUAGUAUAAGCGACUAAAAAUGAGAUGAUUGCGAAAUUGUAAAAUAGUCCAAGCAGUUUUGGACACUUAAAGUGUGUAAUAAAAACGUUUCAUUUCA